GUUUUACAGUUUGGAAAAGAUUUCAGAGCCCUUUUUUUUAUCCCUUUUCAUAAUGAACUUUGCGAUACAAAUAUUUUUGAGUUUGAGAGUUGAUUCGAAUACUGACGAUUUUUUAAAACGAUUUUAUUAGGGUAAGCUCCGGGGUUUUAUAAUUAUUUAGAUAACUUUUUUAUGGGCGCUUAUUCCUUUUCUAUCUUUUUCUGAAGCUGCUCGACGAUUCUUCUUUUUUUAAGGCCGUAGGCUUCCUGGAGAACAAGGGCUUCAUUAUUUUGAUAUGUUCACACUACAUCACUGCCACAAUGUGUUACAACUUUAGUUUAUUUGAAUUAUUUGAUUUUUCCAAAUAUGGAUUUUUGUAAUUCGUUGAAUCAAGGCCUUAUCGGAUGAGAAUUUUUCUUUCAUCGAAUCAACUCGCAUCUUCCCAUCCCUAAAACAUUAUGUUGGUAAAAGUAAAACCAUAGCACGGGACGAAAAUCGAAUCCAUGUCUGUGCAUAAUAAGAUCAGACAUGGCAACAGUCGAUUCAUAGGGCGGGACGAUUUCAUGUGAUCUCGCUGAUAAGAUAGCGGUUCACAGUUCACGUUACACGCCAUAGAGGCAGACAUUUGGAGCAUUGUUACAUCACCGUGUUCAGCUAUCGCUUUGGCCCAUGCAUUCAGCACUUUUCUAAAGGAGUAACGCAAGAACUUGGCGAUGGAGCAGCAACGACGUCCACAUGAAAAAGACCAAAUGUUGACAUUAGCAACCAGAAAAUGCUUGUUUCGUUUGUUGUCGUUUCUUGACAGUCAACUGCCGGAUUUUUCUGCGAUUUAUUCGUUUGUGUAUGUGGCCCUGGUGACAGCCAAUCCAUCAUACCGAGUUUAUUUUCGACGGCAGAGACUUUCGACUAAAUCGUCGACCGACUUAGAAGAAGAUGACUAUUCCCUUAUAAUCGGAAUUAGACUAGAACAUUUUAUGGAUGCCAAUCAGCAAUUGAAGAAAUUUUGGAAUUUGACUCCAUGGACAUUGGAUGAUGAGAAGCACGAAAGGGAAAUGGCCAUCGCUUUUGAGGAACUCGAUAUGAUCGACUGGAACUCGGAUGUUUUUGCCAUGCGCUACAGGCAUCAUAUUCCGCCCCCUGCUGUAACGAAUUUUCUUAUCGAUAAACAAGGACCAGGAUUAGACAACAAACGCAAUUACCCAUGCAAUCAAUAUUAUUUGCCCCAGGAGGAUGCCUUGAGUAUUAAAACCGAUGAAAUAGAUGGCGUCUACGUCAAGAGCUUGGAACGAUGUCAUGCACAGACGGUUUAUGAUCAUUGGCCUUACAGAGGAAAUGCAACUCUAGACAAUGUUUCCGACGAAAUUGAGCAACUACCUUCGGCUGGCGUCUUUUUGAAAGAGAACGACCAACUGGUGUCGUGGAUAACUUGCUAUCCACCCAACGGAAUGAGUCGACUUCACACGCUGGAGGAACACCGUCAUCGAGGAUAUGCAGGUCUCGCAACGAAAUAUCUUUCAAAGCGAGUUGCCCAGUCCGGUUUGGUUCCAUUUGUCAACAUCGUUGUUGAAAACGAAGCGUCGCACAAGUUUUUCGAGAGUGUGGGAUUCAAACUGCUCAGCCCUAUCCACAUUAAGAUAACAUCUCACGAUUCCUAACGACAUUAUUCCAGCUGUACUUCAUAGUUUUACGAAAUAAAAAUGAGAAACUGGAAAGAGACUUCCUUUCUUUAGCCAAAUUCUCCUUCCGGCGAGCUCCAGUUCUCAGAAUGGUAACGACCCUGCUCUAAAGUUCAUUUCUCAAUGUCCGCUAUACGUUUAGGCGCAGCUGUCUGCCAGUUUUCGACUAGUGGUGGAGGGAUCAAUAUCUCAAAUCUGAAGCAAAGUGUUUUAUGCGUUUCUGUCAGUCGGUCACUUCUUUAGUGGUCGUAAAGUGAGGAAUUCAGUUAAAAGUUUAAUCGAUGGAGAAGAAAUCAAAUCCUCUGGAAGGCGAUCAGUUGCAGUUGGCAAACAGAAAAUGUUUGCUUCGAUUGCUGUCGUUUCUUGACAGCAAACUGCCAGAGUCUUGUGCGGUUCAUUCGCUGGUGAAUGCGGCAGUUUCUACAGAAAAUCCUGCAUAUCGCGUCUAUUUUCGACGACAACAUGUUUCAACCACCUCGACGUGUUUGGAGGACGAAUUUUCUUUAGUUGUCGCGAUUGGGAUGGAGCGUUUUAUCAACUCCAGACAAGAAACCAAGAAAACCUGGUUUUUGUCUGCGUGGACUAACGAGGAUGACGGAAUGCUAGCGGAUGCUUACAAGGCCAUUGAUAUAAUAGACUGGAGCUUAGAUAUUGUUGUCAUGCACCAUAAGAACCAUGCACCACACCCUACAAUUAGUCAUUUUAUUGCUAGUAAACAAACAAUGGGUCAUUGUUAUCCGUGUGAUCAGUACGUUUUAUCUAGGAAGAACGCCGUAUAUCUCCACAUCAGGGAAAUAGACGGAGUUUACGUUAAAAGCUUGGAACGUUGUCACGCCCAAACUGUUUAUGAUUACUGGCCCUACAACGAAGGCACCACAGUGGAGAAUGUUGCCAAGGAAAUCGAAGAGCUUCCUUCGGCUGGAGUGUUUUUGACAGACAACGAUAAACUGGUGUCUUGGAUGAUGAGCCAUCCGCCCAAUGGAAUGAGUCGACUUCACACGUUACAAGAUACCGCCGACGAGGAUACGCAGCUCUGGUAACCCGGUCCCUUUCUAAACGAGUAGCGCAGUGUGGAUUCGUUCCGUUUGUCAAUGUCGAUACAGAAAACGUAGUUUCGCGAACGUUUUUUGAAAAUAUGACAUUCAAAUUGUUUCGGCCUGUUCACGUUGGAGUUACAGAACCAAGUCAAAUACUAUGAAAUGAAUUGCUAAAAUAUUUUAACCUUACAAUUUU